AUGCAGCAAUUUAUAAAAUCGUAUCUACGACGACUAAAGGUGAUGGCUUUACGUCCUGAAAUUCACUUUUCAUCGGUUUUUGAGCAUUGCGCAGCUAAUAAACAUUUUCAAAGUUUUCAAGGAAAUCCAUUAAAUCAUUUAAAUAUUCAUCGAAAAUCAAUUGAAGACGUUGUUCGACAUCCUCAAUCACGAUUUCUCACCUACCGGCAAUUGAAAGUCUUAUUUAAUCCGGAGAAAAAACAACCUGUCUGGCUCACUUAUCGAAAUCUAUUCGAAAGUGACACUGAACCAAAACUGACCGUUGAUCAAUGUGAAGUUGUCUUGCUCGGGAUCGGUUCUCGAUUGAUUGUCGAUCGACCCUCAUUAUUAAAGAAUACCGAAGAAACCAAAAUCGAUCAUAAACUUCUAAGUAAAUAUUUAUUAGAAUCUGAGCCCACGCCAGAUGAAUAUAUUUAUUUUGCUCUGUCGAUUCCCACACAGUUUGCAGAUAAUCUAACGGGCACAUACAUAGAUCUUCGAUCAUUAUUGCCUCAAUUAUCUGUGAUCGAUGCAGCGCUGUGUGGACAAGGUCGUGCCCUUCUGGAAUGGCACGCGUCGUAUCAAUAUUGCGGUAAAUGUGGUUCACCCUCAAAAUCACUUGAAGAUCCAGUGGCGAUAACGUUAGUUAUUCAUUCAGACAAUGAACAUGUUUUGCUCGGGCGCAAAGCUUCAUUUCCGCCCUUUAUGUACACGUGUUUAGCUGGAUUUAUGGAGCCCGGUGAAUCAAUACCAGAAGCUUGCUCACGCGAGAUUUGGGAAGAGAGUGGCAUCAUUAUUGAUACAAAUACUGUACGAUAUUUCGAUUCUCAGCCAUGGCCCUUUCUCGGUGGUCAGCUGAUGAUUGGAUGUUAUGCCUCUGCGGUCGAUGAAACAAUUACAUUACACGAUUCUGAACUAGAAGAUUGUCAAUGGUUUUCUCGCGCAGACGUUGCUGAAAUGAUACAGAGAGCUCGAAAUAUUAACCUUGACAAAAAUGACCAAGGUCUGCGCAUUCCGCCACCGAUUGCAAUAGCACAUCAAUUAAUUUCAAACUGGUUCUCAACAACAACAUCGAAAACCUAA